AUGGGAUAUUACAUCCUGAUCAGGUUUCAGUAUGAGAGGUUAGUGAACCUCGAUUAUUAUUGUGGCAACUUAGGACAUCUUGACAGGUUGUGUAGCAAAAGGCUUGCUGAUAUAGAAAAUGGAUGUUUAAGAGAGGGACAAUAUGGGGAUUCGUUGAAAGCCAUUGUAGGAGGGAGUAAUACCAGAUCCAGUCAUUCUAGCAGCUUUUACAAAACUGACACAGCACCCCCCAGACCAGAGUUCAAUAGGCCAACAGGUUUUACAAGACUGAACCCUGCUAAGUGUUCUUUCGAAGUGAAGUCGGGAAACUUUCAGGGGUAUAUGGUGACAAAGAGGGGGAUCGAGGUGAGCCCGGAAAAGCCGGUGGCAGAGAAGAGCGGCCCCCUGUUUCGAUCACUGAGGAAGAGCUCGAAAUUCCAGUGGACGGAGGAGGCUCAGAAAUCAUUCGAAGAGUUGCAGAAGGUGUUAGCCAACCUACCUCUGUUGGCCAAGCCGGUCCAUGGAGAAGACCUUGUGCUAUACAUAUCGAUCGGGGAAACGGCGGUGAGUUUGGUGUUAUUGCGGGAAGAGGGGACGAUGCAAUUCCCGAUCUAUUAUGUGAGUAGGGUGAUGCAAGGAGCAAAAAGGAGAUAUUCGGAGGUCGAGAAGUGCGCCGUAGCAGUGGUAGCUACGGUGAAAAAGUUGCGGCCUUAUUUUCUGGGCCAUAAAGUGAAGGUGAGAAGGAACAUGCCUCUGGGAGAAACUUUAGGCCGACCCUCUGUAUCGGGUCGACUAGUGAAGUGGAAGGUCGAGUUGAGCGAAUAUACGAUAACAUAUGAGCCUAGGAGGGCGAUCAAGGCGCAGACGCUGGCUGAUUUUAUACAGGAGGGUACAUGUAACGCCACGAUUAUUAUUAUAAUAUUAAGAUGA